UAGGCAGUUUCUGUCUGGAGAUUGAUUCCUAGUACAACGUGUGUCCCAUUAUAUCGACAUCUCUAAAGUACAAUUCUAUGUGAUUUCUAGGGAGAACGAUACAACCGAACCACACCUUCGUCGGGCAAAACGUUUAUUCUGUCACGACCGGCAUACUUUAAAUCCGACGGACUGACGAUAGAGAUAAAGAUGUGGCGGCACUCGGCGACAAUGUAUAUCGCUGAAGUGCCUAAUGAACCAUCAACAUCCCAACGGUCCUUCCACCGAAGGUUCUAGAAGAAAGAGCACGUGGCAACGAUCGCGGACGCCUAGCAAAUGCAUGGACGGUGGGGACGUUGAGGGAUAACAAAAGAAAGUAAUCGGAUCCGAUCGAAAGUAAAAUCAUAAGAGUCAGUCUUAGAAAGUCACGCCUAGAGUUCGGAAGUAGAUUGUAAAGUAUAUUGAUGUUAGAAGAAAAAUAAAGUUUUCUUUUUUAUUUUUUACCUCAAAUUCCUUUUUUAUUUUGUUAUUUUACGUGACAAUCCCGUGACCGUGGCUACGUUCGGCGACCAGUUAUCACCUCGAACCCACUUUCGCUUUCACAAAUAUCAAACAAUUACAAAUGACAAUUGCUUAAUUACAGUUAUGAUAAAAUCUAGGCUAAAGCAUUAAAAGGCUUCCUCAAAAUUGCAAAGGGAAGGCUCCGGUUUUCCUUUCAUCUCCGACACAUAUAUAUUACGCUCUGAAAACCUCGAUAACCUUCUUGCACGCACGCUUGUUCUCAAGCGACUCUUCCAGAUUCUUCUAACAUCUGGCGACAGUCUUUUGUCUCGACUAAGACCUGAACGCCCCCUAACGCUUACACACACACACUCGCAUGUACAGUGUAAAUGUAUCAUCUGCCCAACAACAACUUAAACUCAAAAGGUAUGCAGCUGAUCAUUGUAUCUAUCCAAUUCUCGUGUUAUCAACGUAUUCGUAGUAAUAAUUUAUAUCGUUGCUCGAUCAACUGUUUGAACGAAGGUCAUAAUGUCGAUAUAAUUCGAUAAGCCAUUAGAUAAUUCAAUAAAAAUAGAUAAAAUUGACGAUCGGUAGCCAGAUUGUUGACAACUGAUCAUUCGACUGCAUCGAUUCAUCAUGGAUUUUCAAAUCCGACUUGGUUUCCUACUUCUCCUCCCUAUUUUUUUUACUGCUGCCUUUGCGAACCUUCUCGAUGCCAGGGAAAACGACAUCAUGUCUGAGAACGUAUCGGCUAAUGUUAAUAAGUUGUUCGACGCGAUGUUACCCACGAUUCGCAAAUUUAUUUUGAAGCAAGGAUUAGAUCCCAUGAAAUUGGAGGAUGUAUCUGAAAAACUGUCAGGACUAAUAAUUCACGACAGAACUCUGAGUUUAACGAAUGGCUGGCUUCAAGGACUAUCGAACGUAAGACGGGCAAACGAUAUUAUUUUAUCUUACCAAGAUGAAAGUCUCACUUUGGAUGCUACUUUAGCGUUUGACGUUCUUGACGCUAAUUACGAGUAUCUUAUUAAGGACUUGUUGAUCACAAAGAAGGGAGAAGUUCAUGGUCGUCUCAGAGAUAUGGAGAUGCGAUUAAUCAUUGCAUUCGAUAUGAACAACUAUAAAAUUGUCAUCCCUAUGGCCAAGAUCGUUAAAAUCGAUAAGAUCAACGUCAUUUUUCUAGAUGAUCCGAUAGUAAAUGCUGCGGCCAAAGCCAUUACUACCAUAUUUCGUAAAAGCAUAACAAAUAUGGUGAACAAAGAGUUUUGGAAGGUAAUGCAAGAAUACGUUGAUAAAAUCAACGAAAAGAUUCCUCAACCGGACCCACUACUGGAAAACGACAUUAUCUAGUUUACGAUUUUAUCUAAUUUAUUGUGUAAUACCUGGUGCAACUUUAAUGAAAGGUUAUUUGGUGAAUCUUUUUGUCAAGUGUAAAAAUUCAAAAUAAUAAAGAGAUUUUAUAUCUUUUUUCGACACGUG